GACUUUACACCAUACCGGUGUCGGUAAAACGGAGUGUACCAAUGAAGUAUGAGAGAUUGAAGACUGAAACGUCAAACGUAAGAAUAUUUUUUAUUCGAGUUACGUCCAAAAUGGCAGCUACACGAAGACUUCAAAAGGAAUUGGCGGAUAUUCGUGCGUCCGGGUUGAGAUCGUUUAGAGAUAUCGUCGUAGAUGAAGGAAACCUUCUGUUAUGGUCGGGAUUGAUCGUACCGGAGAAUGCCCCUUAUAACAAAGGUGCUUUUAGGAUCGAGAUUACGUUCCCGGCCGAAUACCCCUUCAAACCACCCAAAAUUUCGUUUAAAACCAAAAUUUACCACCCCAACAUAGACGAAAAGGGUCAGGUGUGCCUACCAAUAAUCAGUGCAGAAAACUGGAAACCUGCAACUAAGACGGACCAAGUUAUUCAAGCUCUCAUAGCAUUGGUAAAUGACCCAGAACCUGAACACCCACUAAGAGCGGAUCUGGCUGAGGAGUAUCUAAAAGAUCGUAAAAAGUUCACUAAAAAUGCCGAAGAGUAUACCAGGAAGCACAGCGAGAAGCGACCGGAAUAAGUUAAAAUGUUACAUACAUCCUCAACACAUCAGCAAGCAAAUCCAAAUCACACAACACACACCUACAAAUGUGUAUACUUAAAUUCAUCUAGUUUUUUUCUUUUUUAAUUACCUAAUAUAAACCCAAGGCAAAAAGCUGUCUAGUUGGAAAGCCAAAAACAAAUGAUAAUAAACUCGAACAGAUGAA